UUUUAUGUUGAAACAAGGAUCAUAAUCACAUUGCCAAUGGCCGACGCACUGAUUAGGUUGUUUUCAGUAGUCUUGCUUUGCAUUACAGCAGCACAAGGGAAAGAACAGCUUCACUCAAACAGUGAAUGGCCAAAAUCUUUUUCAGUUAUUCGUGAUACUGAUGGUAUCUGCAAAGUGGCAGAGACACAAGGUUACACAUGUGAAGAACAUAAGGCUACAACAGAGGAUGGCUACAUCCUGAGUUUGCAGAGGUUGCCCGCGGGACAGUCUGGUAAGAAAGCCCACAAGCCACCGGUGCUAUUACAACAUGGUCUCUUUUGUGAUGCCAUAGUAUGGGUGGUCAAUCCUCCAGAUGAAUCAUUGGGAUUUAUCUUGGCAGACAAUGGAUAUGAUGUGUGGCUUGCCAAUGUUCGUGGCACAAAAUAUAGCCGCGGGCACAUAUCACUUCAUCCUAAUGACAUGGCUUAUUGGGAUUGGUCAUGGGAUGAAUUAGCUAGGUAUGAUCUUCCUGCUUUUGUUCAGUAUGUGUACAAUCAAACCGGCCAGCGAAUGCACUAUGCAGGUCAUUCCUUGGGAACCUUAAUGGUUUUAGCGGAUUUGUCUCGAGGGAAACUGUUGGACAUGUUGAGAUCAGCUGCAUUACUUUGCCCAAUUGCUCACUUGAAUCAUGUCACGUCGCCGGUGGCAAGAACUGCUGCUCAAUCAUUUAUAGCUGACCCUCUAUACUGGUUAGGCCUCCGUGAAUUCAUUCCAAACGGGGAUGCUGCAAGCAAAUUAGUGGGAGGCAUCUGCCAUAUUCUAAACCUGAUCAACUGCUCAAACAACCUACUGACACUAAUCACAGGUCCAAACUGCUGCCUAAAUUCAUCUGCAUUCAAUGCCUAUCUUGAUCAUGGAUUACCGCCAACAGCAACCAAGAACUUGAUCCAUCUAUGUCAAAUGAUUAGAACAGCAAAAAUAGCAAAGUAUGAUUACGGUGACCAAAGACAAAAUAUGCAACACUAUGGACAACGGGUUCCUCCUCUUUAUGACAUGACCAAAAUUUCAAAUGAAUUUCCUCUUUUCCUCACCUAUGGAAGACAAGAUGCGCUAUCCAAUGUAAAGGAUGUGCAACUUUUGCUCAAUGACCUUAGAGAUCAUGAUGGAAACAAGUUAGUAGUAUUGUUUACGGAAGAUUAUUCUCACUAUGAUUUUAUUAUGGGUGUCAAUGUUAACCAAAUUAUCUAUGAUCCUAUGAUAGUUUUCUUCGAGGUUAAUUGAUUUUACAACUAUUAGUGAUUGCACUUUAAAUAAUGUAAAAAUUUUCUUUUUCAUCAAGUUUGUUCAAUAAAAUGUUACAUUUUCCUCUCUAA